CGAGACAAUACCCUUCAGCACAUACUAUUGUGCUCAUACUCAAGCGGGCUUUAAGGUGAACCUACUUCUUGCUGGGACCACAGCUUUGCUCUCGACUCACUCUUUCUCGCCCUUUGAUCUUAGAAAUUUCGAAAUCAAUUACCACGAAGACGCUCAUUCAGCCUCGGUCGAGAGUACGAUAACAACUUCUGCAGAGCCAGGUCAGAACCCCAGCGAACAGAGUAACAAUCAAGUACUACAAUCGCGAUGGCCGAUAUCGAUGAUGAGCUAUUGGCUCUCGCGGGAGAUGCGUCCUCUGAUGAAGAAGGUGAUGCGCCAGUAAAUAACAGCAGAGAAAGUUCAGGUUCCGCAGACCGUAGACCUGCUGGCAAAGGUGGCGCAAAGAAGUCGAGUAGGAGCGCAAGUCGACGACAAGAUGAUUCCGAAGAAGAGGGCGAGGCCUCGUCUGGACAUUCGUCUCCCAAUUCUUUGCACUCUGCCCCAAUGGAUGAGUCUGAUUCCGAAUCAGACGCAGGUGCUGCUUUCGAUGACGGGGAUAAAUACCCCCUCGAGGGCAAGUUUAUGAACUCCACGGACAAGGCAGAAAUCAUGGCAAUGCCCGAGAUCAAGCGUGAAGAAUUGCUGGCAGAGCGUGCCCAGGAGGUCGAACGAGAUAGGCAGAACAGGGCUCUGCGUCAGCUUUUGAGUGCUCGUGAGGCGGAGAGCAAAAAAUUGGACAAGAAGAGGAAAGCCAGCGCAGCCGAGUUGGAGGAGAAUCAGCGGAAAACCUCACGGCAAAGGACGAAGCUUGGUGGUGGCAAAGUCGGAGAGGCAAGCACUGGUAUCGACAGUCUGAAGAAGGCGCGAGCGGAAAAGAAUGAUCGACAACGUCGCCGUGAUGAAGACAAGGAGAGAAAUAGGGAUCGCAGGGCUGUCCAAGACGAAUCUGAUCAAGAUGCAGAAGGAGAGAGUGAGCCCGAGUGGGAUGAUGGCAAGUCGAAGAACAAGAAGUCGAAAUCUCCAGACUACCGAGAUGCGGAGCCAGCUGGACUCCAUGACAUCGAGAGAGUCAGAGUUGGAAGAUCUAGAUUUGCUAUGGUUUGCUUCUAUCCUGGAUUUGACGAGGCUAUCACUGGAUGUUUUGUUCGCAUCAGUGUUGGCAUUGACAAGGAAAGUGGCCAAAAUAUCUAUCGGAUGGCAGUUAUCAAGGGGUUUGUUGAAGAUAGACCCUAUGCUAUCGAGACUGCCAACGGCAAGCACUUCAAGACCACUCAAUAUAUUCGUGCUGCGCAUGGAAAGGCGGAAAGAAAUUGGCCCUUCAUCACAUGCUCCGAUUCUCCUUUCACCGAGGCUGAGUGGAAUCGUUACAAGCAAACAUGUCUCGUUGAAGGUGUUCCUCUACCUACCAAGCCAAAGCUCUCGGGGAAAAUUGCAGAUAUCAACAACCUCGUCAAUCGCUCCUGGACCGAGGCUGAAUUACAGGAGAAACUUACAAAAUCCGGUGCUUUGGUCAACAAGUUUAUUCCAAUCGAACGUAACCGUUUGGCCAACUUAAUCAAGGAAGCCAAGGCGAGUGGCGACACAGAGAAAGAAGAGUCACUUCGCAAGGAGCUCGAGUCCCUUGACGGCCCAAAAUUAGCUUACAGCACAUCCAUGCAAUCAUCUCCAAAGAAAGCAUCUGGCCUGAGUCAACAAGAACGAUUGGCAGUACUCAAUAGGGAAAACCGUCGCAAGAAUGCCGAGGAGGUCCGCCAAGCACAAAUUGCUGAGAGAAGGGCUGCCAGAAAGGCGGAGGCCGCUAUCGCUCGUGGUGAAGAGGUCGUUGAAGACCAUUCACGCCGUGUCAAGACCCGCGCCAAGUUCAAGCACGAUGUAGCUGAUGCUUACGGUGCAAAGAAGAAUGACAGCGAGCGCAGUGGUACCAAUACUCCCGCAGCUGGGACGCCAAACCUCUCAGCAAAGAAAGUCUCCACUCCACUUCCUCAUAUUGCCAAGCUUCAAGCUGCAAAUGCAGAGAAGAAAGGCAUCCCAACUAUCCGACGACCUCUGAUGGAUGACGACAUCAUUGGUGCUAUUGAUCUUGGUAUCGACCUCGAACUCUAGAAUCGACUCUUAUUAGAAGCCUUUGGGGUAAUUUUCUUGCAACCGAGACAUGAUCGUUGAAUUCGGGGCGUCCAUAGCAUGUAUUUUAGAUUGCAAUCCUAAUAACAUGUCGCGGCAUUGACCAU